GUCAGCGUCUGUUUCGAUUGGUGCUUUCGUGCGCGCGUGUGUUAAUUAAGCUUGUAUUUGUUUCUUCCACCAUUUCGCUAAUGCUGCUAUUUUGAAGUAAUUAACUCAUAGAGAGCGGCUCGUUGCAGUUGUAUAGACGCCGCCGGCAGCGGUGCACGUACAGUCGAAUAGCGAGCGUCGUUCAAUACACAACGCGUUUGUUGUUUGCUUGUGGAUUCGUGCAUUAAUGUGUGCGUGAGUGAAUGUGCGCUUAAUACAAUAUAUUCUUGGGAAAUUUCCACUGCGCACCGAUAGCAUCAGCGAUGGUAUUGACAAAUUUCGAGUGCUGGGCACAUGGUGAUUCUGCGCCUGUCCAUUUCGAAAGUGGACCGCCGGCGCGCCAUUCACCAGUGGUGGAUCCCUUCAACGCACGUGUCGUCUCACACAUUGCUACCGCAUCGAACGGCUACUAUGGCUAUGCGAUUGUAAACAAUGCAGUUGCCGCUUCGGACGACAACAACAACAGCUGCAGCAACAACAACAUACAGGCAAUGCAAAUGCAAGUGAACGACAACAUUGGGGAUGACAGUACGCAAGCCGCUGCCGCUGACGCUGCCGCCGCCGCUGCCGCAACAGCACGCUGCAAGAAGCGCUGCUUUGCAAUGGGACACGAAAAGUUGGACAUGGAGAUGGACAACUUGACGGCCGUCAAGCGAUGCCGUUUUGAUGAUGCCGAUCUGGUCGCACAGUAUUGCAACGAUUUCUUUUCGAUGCCCGCCACACAAAUGAUUGGCACGCAGGCCUGCCUAAUGGACUACGAUAAUGAUGUGCAACAACAGCAGCAACUGCAGCAGCACCAGCAACAGCAUGAACAGACGCAACUGCAGCAGCAGCAUCAACAACAUCAACAGUCAACGCAGCAACAGCAGCAGCAGCAGUUGUUGCAUCCACGCAUCCAUCAACAUUAUCAAGACGGCCAACGACAACCUAAACAGCCACAACAACCUGAAAAAUUAUGCAAUACCUUAGAGUCCCUAAAUGAUAUACUAGAGGCUAAAUGUGAAUCCAAAUUGAGAGAUGAGGCAGCCGAUCUGUAUAUAGCCACACAUGGCGGUUGUCUUUAUCACUACAAUGAUGCGGCCGAAGAGUUUGAGAUCUAACACAUUAAUUGUCGUACGAAGCACUAUAUAUGUAUUUAUACAUAGAACCUUAACUAACCAUAAUGCAUUGUAUAACGUAGUCUAAGUAGAUAGUAAGACUUUGAACAUAACACUAAAUGGAUUCUUGUGCAAGUCCCAAAACGAAAGGUGCUUAAAUUUACUUAAGUGAAGUGUAAUAAAAGAGUUAAGCCCCAAA